UCAUCUCAAUUUUGAAUCGAUUAGGUUAUGUAUUUUAUAAAUAACACAAUAAUUUUACUUAAAAAAUGUGUGAUUCAGCUAGAAUUCUUGUUCUUUACGCUACCCAAACCUUCACCGCUCAGGAAAUGGCAGAAAGAAUAUGGCGGUCACUCAAAAUAUUAGGUUUUCGAGGGCCAGUACAAGCUAUGGAUGAUUAUCCUAUCUCAAAACUUAUACAUGAAGAAUUUGCUUUAUUCGUAUGCGCUACAACUGGUCAAGGCGAUGAACCGGAUAAUAUGAAAAAAUUCUGGAAGUUUUUGCUAAGGAAAAAUUUACCCUCAAAUUCUUUAAUAAAACUUAAAUAUGGAGUAUUAGGCUUAGGAGAUUCCUCAUAUACCAAGUUCAAUUUUGUCGGUAAAAAACUUCAUAAACGUUUAAUGCAAUUAGGAGCAACGCCAUUACUUGAUAUAGGGCUUUGCGACUAUCAGCAUGACUUAGGUCAUGAUGCUGUAAUGAAACCAUGGGUGGAAAAUUUCUAUUCAAUCCUCAAACGCUUCUAUCCAGACAUAAAAACAGACAACUUAGUUAACAAAUUUGUACCAAGAUGGAAAGUCAGCCUUAUAAGAGAUGACCAAACAUUGGUGACAAGCUGUAUGAGUAAGGAUAUAUACUAUGCUAAUGGAAAUGUAGACAAUUUUUUGGAUACUACACUGUUUGAAUUAGAAUCUAAUGUUAGGACUACUGAUGAAUCACAUUUUCAAGAUGUAAGAUUGAUGACUUUUAAAACAGUAAAUAGUGUAUUGAACUAUAAACCAGGUGAUGUGUUCAACAUAAGACCACGAAAUAGAAAGGAAGACAUAGAUGAACUUUUCAACAUUUUCCAAUUGCAUGAUAUUGAUAUAAAACCUAACUUCCGAUUAUUAGUUGAAGAACUUCAUGAAGACAUGCCAGUUCCAGAUUUUCUUCAUACCCCACUAACAUUGUAUGAAAUCGCCGAACAAUAUUGGGACUUACGAGCAUACCCUACGCAAUAUGUUUUUUCACUUCUAGCAUUAGUAUCAAGGGAUAAAUUAGAAAAAGAUAAAUGUAGAGAGCUUAGCUCUCCUGAGGGACAAGAAGAUUGGCUAAACUAUUGUAGGAGACCAAAGAGGACGAUACUUGAGGUCCUACACGAUUUUCACAAAUCUGCCUCUGAACUGUCUAUAGAUAUAUUAUUCGAACUAUUCUCUACAAUAAAACCUCGUUCAUUCUCCAUCGCCAGCAGCUGUCUUCCCAGCAGUGGGCGCAAUGUAGAAUUACUCGUCGCCGUUGUUAAAUAUUACACAAACCUAAAGAAAGUUCGUCUUGGAUUGUGUUCUAACUGGUUAGCCGGAUUAAAUCCAGGGGACAAAGUUUAUGCUUGGAUUAAGAAAGGAACGUUUGUUUUUCCCCAAGAUAAGAAUAUACCAAAUAUUUUAAUUGGACCAGGCACAGGAUUGGCUCCCUUUAGAAGUUUAUUACAAGAAUGUGAUAUACAGGAUACACUGAAUAAACAAACAAUGCACCUUUUCUUCGGUUGCCGGUAUAAAGACAAAGAUUAUCACUGCAGGAAUGAAUUAGAAAUGUUGGUAGCUAAUGGGAAAUUAAGUUUGUAUUGUGCCUUCUCAAGAGACCAAGAGGAAAAAAUAUAUGUGCAACACAAAAUAAUAGAAUACAAGAACGAUCUAUGGUGUCUCAUUAACACGGAAAAAGCUAGCAUAUUUCUGUCGGGAAACGCUAAAAAUAUGCCAGACAAUGUGCGCGAAGCUAUUGUGGAGGUCAUCGCGUCUGGUGGUCACUCUACUGAAGACGCUAAAGAAAUUUUGAAGAAUAUGGAGCGAGAUGGACGUUUCCAGACUGAAACCUGGUAAUAAGUAAAGUUCUUAGGACAAUAUGUAUAUAAAAAAAAAUGGGGUUGUGUUUUUACAAAAGAAAUCAAUAUAUGACGAAUGUAUCUAUGUGAUAUUGUAUAAAUACUUUUAAAAAUAAUAAUUAUAUUUUAUA